AUGGCACAAACAAGUUUGAUUGGUCGAACUAGAAGUGAAGUGACAGUGUUGGGCGGGACAGAGACACUUGGUUUUCAAGGGCAACUUCUGCAGAAGUUGUACGCUGAGUUGGAUGAAGAAAGGGAAGCAUCAGCCACAGCAGCCAUAGAAGCAAUGGAUAUGAUACUACGUCUACAGGGAGAGAAGGCUAGGGUGGAGAUGGAGGCGAGUCAGUUCAAGAGAAUGACAGAAGAGAUGAUAGACCACGCGGAAGCAACCUUUGAAGCUUAUGAACAACUUAUGUAUGACAAGGAGAUGGAAACUGCAUCUCUCAAGUUUCAAUUGCAGGCUUACAAAAACAAACUUGUCAGCUUAGGACGUGAUCUCAAUGCAACUGAGUUUCAGUACGUGCACUCAAAUACAACUGAUCAAACUAGCAUUAAGGCUAUGAGAAGGCUAAAGUCAUUUCCCUCAACUCCAAUUGAAAAGAUCAUGACCCUCAGUGAGAGUAAUGCUCACAAAACUGAAAGAUCACCUAGUCCAGCGCCUGUUUCAAGUGACCAGGAACCUAGCUUGGAUUGUGGAAGUGGAACUAUUAAUUCAUACUGGAACAAGAUAAAAAUGUUGCAUGCACAAGCGAGACUGAUUUCAGAUCGUAAUAACAUUGGAGAAAACUUGAAAAGUAGAGGAGGGAGGUCAUGUUCAAUAUUUUCAAAAGCCUACGAUGUAUUUGAAGUCCCAGAAGCCACAGUAAAACAUGAGGUCAGAAGAAGACAUGAGAAACGGAAUUCUUUGGCAGACACUAUAUUAACAAAACCAGAAUCUGUGUUUGAGGGAAUGAUUGAAUCGCCUCUUAAACAUGAUGCAGACAAGCAAAAGGGCACAGUGACAAGUGUUGGCCAGAAGAAAGAGAGGAUGGGCGUGGAUUGUAAUUCUCAAGCUGAAGUUCGUCAAAUAAUUGCAAGGCUUCAGAGGCAGAAAACCAGUAGAAGGUAUCAGGAGGUUACCUCUGAAUUUGAAUUAGGGGAUAAUGAAGAGCAGUUGCGGCUUCUGAGAGAAAUUAAAAGUGAACUAAAAUUAAUACAGUCAGAGAUGAGAAGCUUGAAAGCCAAAAAUGUCACCCCUGUGGAUCAUGCUGUCUCUCUCAGUCUUCUCAAAGAGGCAAUGGUGCACUUUUGGAUUUGA